CAUAUGCACAACCUUCAGCAGAAGAGCAGAUUUGAGAAAGCGAAACCGUUUACACUUCACUGCUCUCUGCUCCUACUCGUACUCGUGUACGCCUUCGCCGGUGGUGCAAUCUUCAAUCGUCUUGAAGCUGAAGCACUACGACGUCAUCAAGAGGAUACUCGUAACGAGAAGAUUCGUUGCGUUCUAAAGGUCCUCUACUCACGGUGGCGAAACGUGACGGCGAACAGGAUCGCUACCUGCUAUGAGCCCGAGAGAGAUGAACGAAGUGAAUGGUCGUUCGUUACGGCAACCCUCUAUGGCUUCGGAAUUGUCACAACACUUGGUUACAAUCGGAUUGCUCCGAUUACAUAUGCAGGCCGACUAUUCUGUAUUGUCUACGGUAUCUGUGGUAUUCCGAUUACGAUGAUUAUCAUAGCCAACGUCGGCCAAUAUCUCAAUAAUUUCGCCAGCAAUUCGAGAAGAAAACUCGAAGCAUAUCGAACCCAACGACGGAUGUCACGUGCCUCGUUAUCUGGAAAGGAGUACAAGGAGUCUUCUAUCCAAGUGACAUCGCUAGCUCUGUUGAUAGCCUUUUUAAUUUAUGUAGCCAUGGGAGCUCUUUUAUUGCCAGCAUUGAAUGGACAGAUAGAUUUUUUCAACGGGCUAUAUUUCAACUUUUUGUGCCUUACUGCAAUCGACUUUGGGCAAUUGGUCCCAACAAGGGUCGCGUUUUUACCUAUUACCUUUCUGUAUGUAUGCUUAGGAUUGGCCAUAACAACAAUUGCUAUAGAUGUUGGCUCGGAGUACAUGAAAAAAUUGCACUACCUCGGAAAGAAGAUGAAGGAUGCGGCAUCGACAAAGAUCUGGUUCGGUGGAAAGACGCUGAAAGUUCGGGACCUUCUUCAUGCUGUUGGAAAGAAGUGUGGUGUUGAACCCGGCAUGAUCGAUGCUUUGGACCUCGAAAAUGUUGUCGAAAGAACUAUUGCCAUGCAGGGAUUCACAUCUGUUUCAGUUGCUCUCAUCGUUUCUUUCUACCCACUCUACCUCACCCCUCCCAGUUCGGUUGGUUCACCCUACGUCUUCACCCGUGACAUACCCAUGCCACGGUGCCCUCUUAUCGGUGAAAUUGUAAAAAAAAAACUUUGGUCGUGGAAAGAGAGAUCGAGGUAUCCUGUGCGUUCAAAACGUAGCUGUACUGUCUUAGACAAUUGGGUUUUAGUGCCGAAAAAGUUUAAAGAGAAAAAAGAAAUGUAUGGACGAGAUCCAAGAAAGUUAUUUGAAACGUAUCAAGAAGAAUGGGAUAGAUUAGAAAGGCUCUCGGACAAAAGCUCAGAUGCGCCAAAGUCCAUAUUAACUCUUUUUCCAUCGUUUUUACUCCACAAAAAGCAGAAGUCGACAUCGGCUGCUGCCGGUUGCUCCUCCGCUCGAGUCGUGGCGAGUUCGCUGCUAUUCUCGAACCACUAA